AUGGCCCUGGGCUCGGCGCUGCCGCUGCUGUGCGCCCCGGCCGUCUGGGCGGCCGCUGCGCUCCUGCUUUCGGUGCCCCGGACCUCAGGGGAGGUGGAGGGUUCUGAUUUGAAUGACGCUUUGGGACAACUGGAUGGACAAGACAGCCCUGUGCCAACUCUGAAAGGUUACUUUCUGAAUUUUCUGGAACCAGUGAACAAUAUCACUAUAGUCCAGGGUCAGACAGCAAUUCUGCACUGCAAGGUGGCUGGGAACCCACCCCCCAGCGUGCGGUGGCUGAAGAAUGAUGCCCCAGUCGUACAGGAGCCCAGGCGUGUCAUCAUCCGGAAAACAGAAUAUGGCUCUCGACUACGCAUUCAGGACCUGGACACCACCGACACUGGCUACUACCAGUGUGUGGCCACCAACGGGGUGAAGACCAUCACAGCCACUGGUGUCUUGUUUGUGCGACUGGGUCCAACACACAGCCCAAAUCAUAACUUUCAAGAUGACUACCACGAGGACGGAUUCUGCCAGCCUUACCGGGGCAUCGCCUGUGCGCGCUUCAUCGGUAACCGCACCAUCUAUGUGGACUCCCUCCAGAUGCAGGGGGAGAUUGAGAACCGAAUCACAGCGGCCUUCACCAUGAUCGGCACCUCCACGCACCUGUCAGACCAGUGCUCGCAGUUCGCCAUCCCGUCCUUCUGCCACUUCGUGUUCCCGCUGUGUGAUGCGCGCUCACGGGCGCCCAAGCCCCGGGAACUGUGCCGGGACGAGUGCGAGGUGCUGGAGAGCGACCUGUGCCGCCAGGAAUAUACCAUCGCGCGCUCCAACCCGCUCAUCCUCAUGCGCCUGCAGCUGCCCAAGUGCGAGGCGCUGCCCAUGCCCGAGAGCCCGGACGCCGCCAACUGCAUGCGCAUUGGCAUCCCAGCGGAAAGACUGGGCCGCUACCACCAGUGCUACAAUGGCUCCGGCACGGAUUACAGAGGCACAGCCAGCACCACCAAGUCAGGACACCAGUGCCAGCCCUGGGCCCUGCAGCACCCCCACAGCCACCACCUGAGCAGUGCAGACUUCCCUGAGCUGGGCGGGGGGCACGCCUACUGCCGGAACCCCGGAGGCCAGAUGGAGGGCCCGUGGUGCUUCACGCAGAAUAAAAACGUACGCAUGGAACUGUGUGACCUUCCCUCUUGUAGCCCCCAAGACAGCAGCAAGAUGGGGAUUCUGUACAUCUUAGUUCCAAGCAUAGCCAUCCCCCUGGUCAUCGCCUGCCUCUUCUUCUUAGUCUGCAUGUGCCGGAAUAAGCAGAAGGCAUCUGCCUCCACGCCCCAGCGCCGCCAGCUGAUGGCCUCCCCCAGCCAGGACGUGGAGAUGCCCCUCAUCAGCCAGCACAAGCAGGCCAAACUCAAGGAGAUCAGUCUGUCCACAGUAAGGUUCAUGGAGGAGCUGGGGGAGGACCGGUUCGGCAAAGUCUACAAAGGCCACCUGUUUGGUCCGGCCCCAGGGGAGCAGACCCAGGCUGUGGCCAUCAAGACACUGAAGGACAAAGCGGAGGGGCCGCUGCGGGAGGAGUUCCGGCACGAGGCCAUGCUGCGGGCGCGGCUGCAGCACCCCAACAUCGUCUGCCUGCUGGGCGUGGUGACCAAGGACCAGCCACUCAGCAUGAUCUUCAGCUACUGCUCCCACGGUGACCUCCACGAGUUCCUGGUCAUGCGCUCGCCGCACUCGGACGUGGGCAGCACGGAUGACGACCGGACAGUGAAGUCCGCCCUGGAGCCCCCCGACUUCGUGCACGUGGUGGCUCAGAUCGCCUCAGGCAUGGAGUACCUGUCCAGUCACCACGUGGUCCACAAGGACCUGGCCACGCGCAACGUCCUGGUGUACGACAAACUGAAUGUGAAGAUCUCGGACCUGGGGCUGUUCCGGGAGGUGUACUCGGCCGACUACUACAAGCUGAUGGGGAGUGCACUGCUGCCCAUCCGCUGGAUGUCCCCCGAGGCCAUCAUGUACGGCAAGUUCUCUGUGGACUCGGAUAUCUGGUCCUACGGUGUGGUCCUCUGGGAGGUUUUCAGCUACGGCCUGCAGCCCUACUGCGGCCACUCCAACCAGGACGUGGUGGAGAUGGUCCGCAGCCGCCAGGUGCUGCCCUGCCCGGACGACUGUCCCGCCUGGGUGUACGCCCUAAUGAUCGAGUGCUGGAAUGAGUUCCCCAGCCGGCGGCCCCGCUUCAAGGACAUCCAUAGCCGGCUCCGGGCCUGGGGCAACCUGUCUACCUACAACAGCUCGGCACAGACCUCGGGAGCCAGCAAUGCCACACAGACCAGCUCCCUGAGCACCAGCCCUGUGAGCAACGUGAGCAACGCCCGCUACGGGGGCCCCAAGCAGAAGGCCCAGCCCUUCCCGCAGCCCCAGUUCAUCCCCAUGAAGGGCCAGAUCAGACCCAUGGUGCCCCCUCCCCAGCUCUACAUCCCCGUCAACGGGUACCAGCCGGUGCCUGCCUACGGGGCCUACCUGCCCAACUUUUACCCUGUCCAGAUCCCGAUGCAGAUGGCCCCGCAGCAGGUGCCCGCCCAGAUGGUCCCCAAGCCCGGUUCCCACCACAGCGGCAGCGGCUCCACCAGCACAGGGUAUGUCACCACCGCGCCCUCUAACACGUCGGUGGCGGACAGGGCGGCCCUGCUGUCAGAGGGCACUGAGGACGUGCAGAACACCCCCGAAGAUGUGGCACAGAGCCCCGUGCAGGAAGCGGAGGAGGAAGAGGAGGACGGCUCCGUCCCGGAGACCGAGCUGCUGGGAGACAACGACACUCUGCAGAUGGACGAGGCUGAGGUGCAGCUGGAGGCCUGAGGGCAGCGGGGCCGGGGCGCUCCAGGAAACCUCUGCCGCCUUAGAGGGCGAGCCCUGGGUAUUGAUGACUGGCUUGCAGGUUCUUCACGGGAGGUUUUGUCAUCCUGUCCUGCAUAGAGCUGCCACUGAGGCCACCGUGUGAUUCGAGGGGCCUGGCCAGGUGGAGGUGGCCAGCAGCAAGGGGUGCCCCCACUGCCUGCAUUUUCCUGGGGUAAACUGGAGGUGGGCAGUACCUAUGCUUCAAGGGAAAAGAGGUGGCAGCUUCCCUCCACUUUGCAUAUGAAUCCAUUUGUGCAAACCUCUGAGAAAACAGGCCUGCCAAGGUGGGACCUCCGGCUCUGUGAAUCCUACCUGCCAGCCUGUUGGCUGAGGAUGAAGAGGCUGCUCUUCUCUGUGUGCCCUCCUGCCAUUAAUAUAUGCCUCUUUGGCUGCCAAAGACUGAUGGGAACUGGGCACUGCCGCCUGCUGCCUGCCUGAGUACAAGAAAAAGGGGUUUCUUAGGAGUUCCCCGAUUAAACUGUGCCUUAAAAGAAACCAACAUGAUUUUUGUAUUUUUGUGAAGUGAUUUUAACGAUACUGCAUAUGUCUUUUGCCCACUUUCUUGGUUUCUUGGGUUUAGAAUGUUCCAAGGGAAGCAAUAUUGUACAGAGCACAGUAUUGUUAUUUUUUUUAAUCAUGUACAGACCUUAAAUGUAAUUUAUAUGGUUUUUGUAUGCCAUUUCCAUUGAAGUAUUUUGAGCUUUAAAAUAAUGACUUAGUAAUUUAAGUGUUUACGUUCCCCACUUUGGGAUGUCACCUGAUUGUAUUCUGUUGGCUUGUGUUUGUCCCCUAUGUAAGCGAGGUCCUUUCAUUUCAGAGCUCAUGCUGGAGAAAGGCUGCAGGCACACUGCCUCCCUCCCGCCCCCGGGAUGGGGCUCACCUGUAACUCUCGAAACCCGGUGUAUCCAAUAAAGCGAAAAGGAAUGUUCUGUUGGCUCUCUGCAGGU